AUGGAGAAAAAGAUUUAUGAUGCAGCCCUUCAUGGAAAUGUCAAUAUUCUUCAUGAAUUGCUCCAAGAAGAUAAAUCAAUUCUUGAUAGAGUUUCUUUAAUUUGUACCAACAAUUAUACUCCUCUGCAUAUAGCAGCAAUGAGAGGGCAUGAAGAAUUUGUCAAAGUAAUAUUGGCUCAAAUCCCUGAGCUAUCUACUGAGCUAGAUUCGCGUCAAAAGUUGUCACCCCUUCAUUUGGCAUCAGCUAGAGGGCAUUCGAAGAUUGUGGAGGCAUUGGUAAAUGCUAAUCCUGACAUGUGCUUGGUUCUUGAUCGAAAUGGCAGCAACCCUCUUCAUCUUGCAGCCGUCAAAGGCAGAGUCGAGGUUUUGGAAAUGUUGGUUGAUUCAAGGCCGUUUGCAGCUAGAGAAAAGACCAAACGUGGGGAGUCUAUUUUGCAUCUGUGUGUGAAGUAUAAUCAGUUGGAUGCCCUGAAGAAGCUGGUGGAAAUUGUGGAUGAUGAGGAGUUCUUAAAUCAGAAGGACGGCGAUGGCCUCAGCAUAUUGCAUUUGGCUGUUAUUUCCAAGCAAAUUCAGAUCAUCCAAUACUUGAUAACUACAGCCAUAAAUAUAAAUGAGAAGAAUCCAAAAGGGCGCACAGCAAUGGACCUUAUACCACAAAAUCCCCCGGAGAUGAAUCAGCAGAUUGAAGCGGUUCUUCGACAAGUAGGAGCCUUAAAGGCAGAGGAAAUCACUGAAUCCAUUACAAACGUUACUAAUACCACGAGGCCUAACAAUUUUUCACCAGAUGACUAUUCUCAACCAUUAAGAAAUGAUACUGUGCCUGCAGAGGAACAUUCUCAAAUGCCAAUUAAUAUUGUCCCUGCAGAAAAUGCACCAUCUCAAGUUAAUCCAUCAACAACCACACAAGGAGCUAAUCAGCCAUCCAAUUUCAGAUGGUUAGAACAGAAAAGCAAAGCACUAAUGGUCGUGGCAUCGCUCAUCGCGACAAUGGCUUUCCAGGCCGGGUUAAGCCCACCAGGAGCAGUUUGGCAAGAUGAUGCAACUCAGGAUUCUUCAGGAAAUCCUGCACCAAAUCCACACAAGGCAGGCGAAUCCGUUAUGGCUUACCAUCAUCUCCAUUACUACAAGUAUUUCCUUCGGUUCAACACGACUGCCUUUGUUUCAUCCCUCAGCAUAAUCCUGAUGCUCAUCAGUGAACUACCCUUCAAGCAUGAGAUCUUCAUGUGGUUCUUGGUGGGUGUUAUGUGGUUAACGGCUACUACAAUUGCACUAACUUAUGGUAUAUCAAUUGCAUAUGUUACACCAGAGAUGGAUAAGGAACAACUUGGUCAUGUGAUUGAAAUUGCCGUAGCUGCAUGGUGUGGUGUGAUAACUCUUGUUCUCCUGGGGAAAACUGCCUAUUCCUUGCACCAAUGGUGGAAAAAUGGAAGAAGAAUAAGGUGGCCGAUGACAAAGAGGAAUUCACUUGUUCGGAACCAUGGAAAUCAACUAAGUAUAGCAUCAACUUCAUUCGUCUAA